AUGCAAUUAUUCGUGAAAACGUUGACCGGAAAAGUCAUAUCGCUGGAAUUAGAACGAUCUGAUACCACCGAUCAAGUUAAAGCAAAAAUCGAGGAUAGAGAAGGCAUGCCCGUUUAUAAACAACGUCUAAUUUUUGCUGGCAAACAAUUAGAAGAUGGUCGCACCUUAUCUGAUUAUGAUAUAAAAAAGGAAUCCACACUUCAUCUUGUACACAUGCUUCGUGGUGGGAUGUUCCAAGAAACCAGUGGCCGCAUAGGAUUCGAAGCAUUGCCACCACUCACCAAAUACAUGCAAACAUCCAAAAAAACCCAUAAGGACGUACCAGUUUUCAUUUCUCCAAAGCUUCCAACCACUAAAGUGGAGAUGUUAACCCUGCUACGUGAGGAGGAGAGACGAAGGUUAUCACCGGAAUUACAAAAAAAAUAUUUUAAUGUUGGUAACGACCCUACUAGUGGCAAAGACUGGAUGGAUGUAACUGACCAGAUGCAGCAUGAUUUGGUUCGAGAAUUUGGUUAUUCGGAUGAAGCUGUUCAACUAAUGCGUCGAGCUCCGCAAAUUUAUCAAGACGAUCCUGCAUUUCGUAACACUCAAUUAUAUGUUCGCAAUAACAUUGCUUAUGUUGAAAAUCUUACCGAAGGAAUGACAGCACCUGAUUGCCCACUUGUUCCCCUAGAUCCUUCAGCGUUUAAUACAACAAAUGAAAAUGUCACUAGUUCGCCAACUCCAAUUCCAUUGCACUCGCUUUAUCGACGAGGACGGCCUCUCGUAAUUCUCGUAGGAUCCCAAUAUCGAAAUCAAAUUGAUUUCUACAUGAUCCAAAUUCGAGAAGCACAUGCCAGCGAUGUGUGGCCUAUUGGUGAGAUUGUAUCUGUCAAGGAGCAUCGCACGCUUUCCAACCGCAUGACCGCUGCGAGUGUUAUGGUCAGAGAAACGAAAUUGGAGAUUCCUGUGAUGAUGGAUACCAUGGAUGACACUUUCUUAAAGCUGUAUGCACCGUGGCCAUUCCGUUAUUUUGUUAUUGUAGAUGGUAUUUUGAAACUUGUCGGGAUGCCAAAAGAGGCUCGUUACGAUACAACAGACUUAGUUGAGUGCUUGAACACUCUUUUAAACGUAAAGCAAUAA